AUGACCAAUAAAGUGUACGUCGUUGGUGUUGGCAUGACCAAGUUCAUCAAGCCACGCGGUCAAGUGGAUUAUCCAGAGCUGGGCUUGGAAGCUGCCAUCAAGGCAUUAAACGAUUCAGGCUUAACGUAUGACGAUGUCAAGUUUGCAGCCGUGGGAUAUGUAUACGGUGAUAGUGCCUAUGGAGAACGCACUUUAUACCAACUUGGAAUGACUCAAAUUCCUAUCAUCAAUGUCAACAACAAUUGCUCGACUGGUUCAACUGCUCUUUUACAAGCUCGUAAUGCUGUCAAGUAUGGCAUGGUCGAUUGCGCUAUGGCCCUUGGAUUUGAACGUAUGGAACCCGGUCCAUUGAAGGGCAAAUACACAGAUCGCACACCAGCCAUGGAUCACGUUACCCAAUUAAUGAAAGAUCAAAUCCCAUACGAAGGAAAGGCACCACGCAAUCCCCAAAUCUUUGGCAAUGCUGGUAUUGAGUACAUUCGUCGUUAUGGUGCGCACCCUGAUCACCUGGCAAAGAUUGCCGAAAAGAACCAUCGCCACAGUGCGAACAAUCCUUAUUCCCAAUUCCGUGACAUUUACACCCUUGAUCAAAUCAAACAAUCUCCCAAUAUCUAUGGCCCCUUGACCAAGUUGCAAUGUUGCCCAACGUCCGAUGGUGCAGCUUGCGCUAUUGUAUGUAACGAGGAAUUUGCAAAGAAGCAUGGAUUGAUGGAUCAAGCUGUCGAGAUUUGUGCACAAGAAAUGGCUACCGAUUCACCUCGUUUACUUUCUACCGAUCCUAUUGAAUGGGUGGGAUCUGACAUGACACGUCGUGCUGCCUCGACAGCUUUCAGCAAUGCUGGUAUCACACCCAAGGAUGUACAAGUGGUCGAAUUGCAUGAUUGUUUCUCAGCAAACGAGCUGGUAACAUACGAUGCACUUGGAUUGUGUGCCAAAGGAGAAGCUCAUAAACUUAUCGACAGCGGUGAUACCACCUAUGGUGGUAAAUACGUAAUCAACCCAUCGGGUGGUUUAAUCUCCAAGGGUCAUCCUCUUGGUGCUACUGGUUUGGCACAAUGCACAGAGCUGACUUGGCAGUUGCGUGGAUGGGCCGGCAAUCGACAAGUGCCUAAUGUCAAGUAUGCCCUUCAGCACAAUGUGGGUUUGGGCGGUGCAGUUGUUGUCAGCAUCUACAAGAAGGCGAACAAUAACAAGCCCACGCCAAAGACGGCAUACAACCCCGCUGUGGAAGCACGCUCCCCCACAAAGCAAGAUUACGAAAAGGCUGCAUCCAAACACCGUGCCGAUUACUUGGAAGCCAAGCUGUAA